AUGGUGCGAACUUCAGUGGCCUCAUUCAUUGCGACCUUCCUAGGCCUCGUUGCAGGCGAAACAGUUCAUCUGAAUGUCGCCAGAAGUCCCCCAGCAUCAUCGAGCCCACCCGUCUCGCUUGACUUUCAGUCCUUUUCCAUCGAGUUUGCGUUUCUAGUUGACUUCCAAGGAAACAAAUCACAUCCAAACAGAUUUACCAACAACCUCUUGGCCAACCUGAGAGCCUUCAAUGGAGAUGUGCCUCAGAUUCUUCGGAUUGGAGGAAAUACUCAGGACCAUGUCACCUACAUUCCGGACCAAAAAGAGCAGCUUAACAAUUUUUGGGAUCCAUCUUACAAUUCCGAUCAGCCACGCAAUACCUCCAUUGGCCCAACCUUUUGGGAAGCAUUUACCGCCAUUGGGGGCACAAAGUACAUCUUUGGGCUAAACUUUUACAAGAACGACUCUACGUAUCUUGAGAAUCUCCGGGGGCAAGUUUCACAAUCUCUGUUGCAGAUUCCUCCUGAUCGGUUGCACUUGUUCGAAAUAGGCAAUGAAAAUGAUUACGGCGCGUUGUCUGGAUUCCGACCCCCAACUUGGACCCAGCAGGAUUGGGUUGAGGAAUGGGUUGACCGGGCGCGAAAUAUUCAGACCCCAGCCAAGUCUCUGAGAUUCUAUGCCCCUUCAACAUGCUGUUACAAUAUUACGACUCCUUAUUCAUUCUUCUCCCCAUGGACGAUAUGGAAUAGCACGUUCGACUAUGACCGAGAUGGGUGGAUCUCAGAGGUGUCACAGCACGGAUACAUCUCCUCAACUGGUCAGAACCCAACUCUACAAGGCACUCUCAUGAAUCACACGAGCGUGGUAAUCAAUGGCACUGUUCAUCAGUCUCUUUAUAAACUCAAUCAUAAUGCUGGUCGUGCUUAUACACUGGGUGAGACGAACGGCGUCUCUGGUCAAGGGGCGUUUGGGGUUUCCGACGUCUUUGGCUCUGCGUUAUUCAUCCUUGACUAUGAGCUCUACUAUGCAUCUUUUGGAGUAAAUCGCAUGCAUAUGCACCAGGGAACGGCGUACCGCUACGGCGCCUGGAUGCCAAUUGCACAAAACGGCACAGGUCCAUCGACGAAUCCUCCUUACUACGGUCACGUUAUGGUUUCCAAGUUCAUCGGAGCCCACCCCAACACAAGGAUCGACAACAUUGAUCUUCACAGCGAUUUCUAUUCCGCAUACGCAGCAUACGAAAAUGGACGAUUGGCCCGCGUUGUUCUUCUGAACCUGCAUGAGUGGAACCCUUCAACCGAUCAGGCCGAAGCCUCGAAGGCGCCGAGCACGACUUUUACUGUCAGCACCGGCCAACGGGAACUGAAAUAUGCCACUGUCGAGUUGAUGACGGCUCCGGGCGCGCUCUCUGAAACAAACAUCACGGUCGCCGGAUUAAGUUACGAUUAUGACCUAGCUGAGGGAAAGCCGGUGAGAGUGGCGAAACAGUAUGAGAGCGUGCUUCGCCCGAAUAACAAGGGAGAGAUUUCUGUUCCGGUGCGAUACUCGCAAGCAGUGCUUUUGACGUUUAACUAG